UUUGGGUUAAUUAUUGUUUUUUUUUUUGUAAACAUUAUUUACAAUGUUUUUUUUUAAUCAUAUUUUUAAAUUAAACAGAUUAUUAAACCCAGAUCUUGUAUGUUUCUUGCUUCUCCACAAAACCAGCGCGCCUUUAUCAUAUUUUCUACCUGGCCCGCCUGUCUAGUGAGCUACCAAAAGGAAAAGAAUUUGUUGAGCAAAAGUGUGGGGCAAUGUUCUUUAGUCUUCGCCCUACCCUCCCUAAUCGCUAUUAAGGUUUUGUGUCCUAGCAUCUAAAGGUUAGCAGGCGAGAAGGAUUAGCUCGUUUUGGCUGCACCCUUCGACCCCUUGCAAUGGCUUUGGAAGGAGCAAUGGAGGAAGAAGUUUCAGGUGUAGGAGAGGGAUGCUUGACACAGGUAGUAGCUAGGCUGCCGGUAUCUAGAGCAAAAUGGUUGGUUUUUACUCAGAUCUAGAAUCAUUGAGGAUCCGACUCACCGCACUUCUUCCAUUCCUACUGAUCUCUAUAUCCUUCCCGAGCCGUGUCUUGCUCCUCUGUCAUUUCCAUCAGAGGAGAGCGAUGUUGGCACCAAGGAUUAGGCUCUGCUAAAUAGUCUUCUUUUGUGUCAAAUAUGGGACCUUAUUGUUUGAACAUUUCGUUAAAUGUGGAGGGUUUGGAUGCUUCUGGAUUUUGUUCUUCAGGUUGUUCUACCUUACUGUUUUUAGCUAUAUUCAUCAUUGACCGAUAAAUUGUAGGUCGAAUCUUCCAAGUCUCAGGUGCUUAUCAUCUGAAUUUAAUGGAGAAGGAGACAAACUCGCUGAAAAUUCUCUGUCAAAGUGUAACACAAUCAAGCUCUAAAAAUAGACUUUAUAUGACUAUUUUUCCCCUUUCAUUUCGCUGCACCCCAUGAACUAUAACCCAACAAAACUCCUUCAAGUGUUUCUUCAUUUUCAUCUAUGAUCAUUGUGUCCCUUCUAUGCUGGCGCGGGGCAAGACUAGCGAAGAGGCUACAAUUCUCGCCCUCAAGCCAGCGCUAGCCCCACGACCAUAGGAACAAUCAGAAUGACUUUUAAUGCGCACCCUUUUCAGCUCUUAGAAAUCAAUGUUAUAUCAGGCCAAGACCUGGCUCCUGUGUCCAAAUCUAUGCGUACUUAUGCAGUAGCUUGGGUGCAUCCAGGAAGGAAACUGUCUACCAAGGUUGACCAAAAUGGCCACAUCAAUCCUCAAUGGAACGAGAAGUUUGUGUUCCGCGUUGAUGACACGUUCAUAAAUGCUGAGAACUCUUCUAUCAUGAUUGAAAUCUAUGCUGCGGCAUGGCUACGCGAUGUUCAGAUUGGGUCUGUAAGAGUUCUGAUAAGCAACUUAUUUCCUUCUAACAACAACAACAACAAAAUGCGCUUUGUUGCACUUCAGGUUCGCCGCCCAUCAGGAAGACCUCAAGGGAUCCUUAACAUGGGGGUGCAGGUGCUGGACAGCACAAUGCGCAGCAUGCCUUUAUAUACAGAACUUAGUGCGUCUGCAGUUGGCUUCAAUGACCUCAUUAAUGCCAAAACCAACGGGAAAGACCUAGAAGAAAAGGGUGCAAAAUUGCGACGCACACAGAGUGACCGAACUGACCACACCACCACUGAUGAAUCUGGACUGAAAGAGGGUGGUGUCAGGUCACUUGGUGGCUCGUUGAUUAACUCUUCGGUGGCUAAACCUAGUGUUAAAGACAAUGGCAAUGGCAGCAUGGUCAAUGGUUCUCUUUGCUCUGAUGUGGGGCCUUCUGCGUCUGUUGUGGCAGCAGCAAUUGCUAAAGGAUUGAUUAAAACACCAGCAAAUGCUGGUCAGCAAGAUACAGAUGGUGCAGGGAGCUCUAUUCUUGAGGAUUGGACAGAAAAUGAUAGUGCCGAAGGCCUAAGAACAAAGCUUGAGAGAUGGAGAACAGAACUUCCUCCAGUUUAUGAUAAUGAUCUUCGGAAGAUGCAAUCGAGAAGCAGAAACAAGAAGCACAGGCGCAGGUCAGAAGGUGGGCGGUUGUUUUCAUGUUUUGGCAAUGCCUUUGGGUGUGAAAUUUCCAUUACUUGCGGUGGGCGCAAUAACAAGAAAAGGUGUGGAAAUCACAAAGUCUGUCAUCUUAGCUCUGUGGACAGUCAAUCAUAUUUAUAAGAUGACAACAAGAUUUUUUGUCCCGUCUCUUUUUAGCACAAAACGAAAGUUGGAAAUGACUUGAAAUAAGUCAUGGUGCUUGUACGUCUUUUUCUUUAAUGGUCCCUGGUUGCUAGUAGACAUUUUGCUUCUGUAUACUGUGAGAGAAAAGGUUGUUUCUUUGUACAUGAUGAAUGAUGUACUUAUUGUUUGUUGGGGAUUUUUGUGCAUAAUCCUAAUGGCCAAAGCUGGUGAAGGAGGAUUUGCACUAUAAUAUCAAAGGAUAAUAGAUAUCUGUUUUUCUUUUUUGCAACUCGGGCUCAUU